AUGCUGUUUCCUGUGCUGCUCUGUGCCGCCCUGCUCCUCUUCUCACCACUGGAGAUCACAGAGGCUCGCGCUCUGCACCCCUCUCCUGAUGCCGUGCAGGUACACAGAGAGGAGGGGUAUGGGAGGAGAGAAGGAAGGGGGGAAAAAGUGGACGGAGGAAGAUUCAGAGUGGAUGAAUGAUUGAAGAGAAUGGUUUAGAGAGAAGGAAGGAAGAGGAGGAGAGAGUAAUGAAAUGUAUCACUGAUUGAAUUAUUCCUUCUUGUGCUUUCUCCGACCAUUAAAUUCAAUUUAUCUUCCUCUGUAGUUCAUGGAGCAGUUUCUGGAGCGCUACAAUGACCUUCUGACCCUUGACGACCUGGAGAACCUAUUGAACAGCCCGCCAGAGGAGCAGUCCACCUUCUCCUCAGGGGCCAAAGCAGCCGAGUUCCCCAAAUGGGCUGACACACAAACGCAGGCUGAGACCCCCUGGCUUCGACUGCUUAAGGGCGCUCUGGCCAAUCAGAAGAGAGCAGAGCCGGACCGGUCACGGAGGGGAUGGAACCGAGGUUGCUUUGGGCUCAAGUUGGAUCGAAUUGGGUCCAUGAGCGGCCUGGGAUGUUAG